AGCAAUUUUCUGCUGUCUUUGUGUCAAAAUAUUAUCCCUGAAAUUAGAACAUGAGAAAAUAUGAAGCAACAUCACAUCGACAUAAAGUGAGGUGUUAAAUUUUCCGGUUCAUCUUAACCAAUCAUAAUCAUCAUACGGCUUAUCACAGUGUACAAGAUAGACGAGACGAAACCAUCUAUUGUAUCAGGGCACAGAUAGCCAGGAAUAACAUUGCACUGUCUAAAAUGAAAAGGCAGUUGUGUAGUCAGACGGUCUAUGAUCGAAAGUUUGUUGAAACUAGCUACCCGUUUAUUCCUGCGAUACGAGAUCAAUACGAGAAUGUUUCAAAUGCUACAACAGUUUCGUCAAACUCUUUAACUUCACUAGUGAGCCUGAUCACGGAGUUAGAGAUGCAAUAUGGAGGGUGGAGCAAGGAGAAAUCAUACAUCAAAAAUUACGACAGCAUGCCAUCUAACGAUGGAGAAGUACGACUUGAAAAAAUUCUUGGAUCAAAUGAUGACGAUAGUCAUCCCACUAGAAACUCUUGCCGAUUUCAAAGAACGAGAAAAGAUCUUAUUCCUUUUAACGUAAAGCAACCAUACAAGAGGCGAACGAGAAAGAUAUACGACAGUCAACAAACGCUUGAACUUGAAAAGGAAUUUCACUACACUCGUUACCUCACAAAAGAACGCAGAGCGGAGCUUUCAGAUUCGUUGCGACUGACAGAGAAGCAAAUCAAAAUAUGGUUUCAAAACCGCCGCAUGAAAUGGAAGAAAGCAAAGCAUCCGGUCAUACAAUAUAAGAAAAAACUAAGCUCCAGCAGAAACAAACAAACUGAAACUAAUUGUUAAAAUUCAACAGUUGCCCAUACGUCAUGUAAGAUUUAUCAAAACAAUAAUAUAUAUUUCUGCUUUUAGCUAGUUAAGAGUUUCAUAUAAACUUCACGUAAUAUAUAGUCAUUUUUGCGACAAAAAUUGCUCUUUUGUAUUUGAUUCGUCCCUUAAUUGUGAAGAAAUACUUGCCACAAUCAAACAUUCUUAAAAAUCGCAAUAAAUAAUCGUAUUUGUACGUUUAGCUAUAUAGAAGAUAGACCUUUCGCCAGUGAUGAAGUAAACAGGCAGUCGCAUCUUUUUCCUUUAAUGUUGACUUGAAUAGUCAACGAUCUUAGGCCAAAUUAGACAUUUCGCACCUGCUUAACGCGUAGCUAGUCAGACAGUCUUACGGAAGUAUGGCACUUUCUCAAAAUAGUGUUGUUUGAGAAUGUGCGCCAGUCAUCAUGUCUAUACAUUAAACAGCAAAUAAGUCAUGAAAAUUGGCUAUGUACUAGAAGAUAUCAGUCUUGCGGGUAAAAUAAAGAUAUGAAAGACACGAAUGCCUUUAUUGAAUAAUCUAAAUGUACUUACAUGUGUAAUGUAUAUUAGCUAAUAUUAGAACAAUCACCUAAGAUAAAUCAAUAAAUACAUUUUAUUAGUGAGUCGAAUGUGGUCUUAGAUAACUGCUGUGAAAACGCAUUGUACAUUUGUACUACAAGAAUUGAGUGUCGUAAUAAAAUUACAAGUUUAAAACUCCUA